AUGGAUGCGCACGCGCUCCUUUCCGCCCAAGGGUGGCGAGGAACCGGCCAUUCUCUACACAAGACAGACGACUCAAUUGGCCUCGCAAAGCCUCUUUUACUAAAUCGCAAGACCAACACCAAGGGUCUUGGCAACACAAAACAUUUUACAAGCGACAUGUGGUGGAUGAACGCCUUUGAUGAGCAGCUGAAAGGCCUCGAUACCUCCAAAAAAGGACAAGUCGUGCAAACCGUCAAGACCGGCAAGCUCAACGCGCUAGAUCGCGGGAACGUGUCAAAAUACUCCGUCUACGCUUCUUUUGUACGAGGCGGGUUUCUCGAAGGAACACUCAGUGUAGAGUCGACAGACGACUCGACAAGCAGCGAUUCGGAGAACAGCGACAAUAAGAAAGCUGAAACGAAGUCUACAAAGGUCAAGAAGGAAACCAAAGAGGAGAAGAGGAUCCGAAAAGAAGAGAAAAAGAAGCGAAAAGAGGCCCGGGCUCUGAGAAGAGCGGCCAAGGCUGAGAGAAGAUUGAGGAGAGUCGAGGCGAAGAAAGAUACGUCUGAUUCUAGUAGUAGUGGAAAAGAAGAGAAACUCCUUAGACGUGUGCGGAAGGAAGAAAAGCGCAAGCGAAAAGGAUCAAAGGAGAAAAAUUAA